CAUGCGCAAUUGUAACAGAUAAACAUCCGGAAAAACUGGGUGUAGCAAACAGAUAUCAUUCCUUGUCGUAUAUUGAGUGGUGAAGAAUGAGUUAUCCUAAAGCUGAGGGAGAGAAGACAGGGGAACCAGGGGCACCAGUUGCUAUGCAACCUAUUCCUGGAGGACCCCCAGGAGGACCACCAGGGGUUCCGGGAGCACCAGGAGGAGCAGGCUGGGCCGCGGCCCCUCAGGCACCAGUCAACUGUCCUCCAGGGUUAGAGUACCUGGCAUCUGUAGAUCAGCUCCUGGUCAAGCAGAAGGUUGAAGGAUUAGAAGCUUUCACUGGAUAUGAAACCAAUAACAAGUACGAGAUCGUGAACUCACUUGGACAGAGAAUAUUUUAUGCUGUGGAAGACACGUGUUGUUGUACGAGAAACUGUUGUGGUCACCACCGUCCAUUUGACAUCAAGAUAUUGAACAACCAGUCAAAGGAGGUGAUGCAUCUGUCAAGAGGACUCCGAUGUAACUCGUGCCUCUGUCCAUGCUGUAUGCAGAAAGUGACAGUUGAAGCUCCAGCAGGUAAUGUGAUUGGUUAUGUGUCCCAGGCAUGGAGCAUCUGUAAACCUCGGUACAAGAUUCAGACUGCCAACGAGGAUACUGUAUUGAGAAUCAAGGGACCAUGUUGUACCUGGAAUCUCUGUGGAGAUAUUGAAUUUGAUAUUUCUACUGCUGAUGAGACGUCAUUUUGUGGUCGUAUAACAAAGCAGUGGUCCGGACUGGCAAAAGAGGCGUUUACAGAUGCUGACAACUAUGGUAUUUCAUUUCCCAUUGACUUGGAUGUAAAUGUGAAGGCAGUACUGGUGGGAGCAGUGUUCUUGAUUGUAAGUUUUUUUCUUACAUUGUACAAGAGUUAACAAUUAUUUUCUCUG